GCGAGCUUAUGCCAAAUCUCUGUUGCUCCGUAUGCAAAACCCGGGCUGGGGCGGAACCAAUCAGGACCAGAACCAGCUCCCACGCCCCGCCUCCAUCCCUAAACCCACCCCUCCUCCGGCGGCUCGCUUAACAGCUCGGCGCAAGUGAUGGGAUGAGAAACGCGCGCAAAACCCCGUUUUUGGCCAGAGCUGGCUCGUCUUGGCGGAGCAGCGUCCGGUGCGCCUGCUUUUCUCGGCAUUUACCUGGGCAAAGCUGCCGUUGCAGCAGGAUGCGGGAAACAGGAGGAGACAGAGAAAGACGAUAGCAACUCGGCAGUGUCGCUUGUUGGAAGCGGUUUGUGCCGGUGCGCGCGUGGGAAGCCCUGAACCCGCGUUUCGGAUCGGAUCGAGAGGCGCUGAGAGAAGAAAGGAGAGGAAAGGCGAGCUAUGGAGCGCGUCUUGGCAUUGCAACGCUUUCUUCGGGACUAGUUCUGCAAAGAGGGAGCUGGAGGGCAAGCGGGGUGAAGGCGCAACCGGCAAUCCAAGACCCCAGGCGCCGUUAACUCCUCGGCGCGUGGAGGAAACACGUCCGGGAGGAGAACUUCCACGUAGCCGCGACCCGGGAUUUUCCCUACCGCCAGGAGUAAUUUUGCACGCGCAAGUCUUACGGGGGUUUUCCGCCCCGCCCCGCCCCGCCAGCCCCCUUUCCUCGCCGUCUGUGUUUGCCUGCAAGUUGCGAAGCUUCCCAUUGGAUUUCAUGGAGCUGGGAUUCCUGGUACUUGUUGGGCUUACAGUUAUAUCGAGUACAGGCUUCUCACUGCCCGUCUCUCGCCCCCUGCUGCUCUACAGUGGUGGCAGUAGCAGCAACAACAACAGUGAGCUGAGGUUUCCAGGGCCCCACGGGAGGGUCAGCAAAGAAAACGAGACAGCAGUAGGAGGGCUGCUUUCAGCCAGCGACGCCACCGUGGGGAAAGUGGCUGGCCCACAGGAGGUACACCACAGAGCCAAGCGCUGCACUUGCUACACCUACAAAGAUAAGGAGUGUGUUUAUUACUGCCACCUGGACAUAAUCUGGAUCAACACGCCAGAGAGGAUUGUUCCAUAUGGACUGGCAAAUUACAGGGGAAGUUUCAGAGGCAAAAGAUCUACAGAGCGGCAUCGCAAGAGCUUGCAUUCAUCAAAACAGCCUCCAUUGCGCUGCUCUUGUGCAGACAGAUGCGACAAGCAGUGUAUGCAUUUUUGCAGAAGGACCCAGAAUGGCCAAUGUAAUAAUGAGCAACUGAACAGCAGAGAAGAAACAGAUCCCCAUCAAGAAAAGGAGCAUAUAUCUCACUCUGCAGCCCAGGAGAAUUUUCAGCUUCUUCAAAGUGGAGAGGUGCAGUCUGUGUUUUAAUUAUAUUGUGCGUGUAUGAAGCUGAGUACCUACUACCUAAGAUAUGAAACUCACUGAAGAUGAACAAAUGUUCAAGACUCUCAAAUGGAUUAUCUGCCUGCAGGUGCUUCCUUUUCCUGAACUGAUGCAAUCUUGAAAGUGGACAAUGUACCUGCCUGGAGGAAGUGUUACUGAACUGCAAUGUUCUGGCUCAUGUCUUGCUUGAAUCUUAUACACCCCACAUGAUGAUGACAUCCAUGAAGACAUCCGUCAGUUUUGGAAAGCAACAUUUUUUGCUGUUUACGGUCCCAAGAACAGCCCCCACUGGCAAAAAAAUAAAAAUAAAAAUAAAGAUUCAAGGAGUGAAAAACUUUCCUACUCUGUCAAGAUGCAGGACAGGAAAAAAAGAAUGCUUCACUUGUUUGCUUGUCAUAUGUAUGAAUGUCCAACUUUUCUCAUGCAGUUGCCAUGGGACAAAUUGGGACAUUGGAACAGUACCUGUAUUUGAUAUUUUGGUCACUUUUUUUAAAAGGCACCCUUUUCUCCAUAAUGUUGUUCAAACCUGUCUUCCUAUUGUAAUCUCAGUGGUGAAGAAAUGUAAAUGACAAUAUCUAUGCAGAUUGAAUAUGAAUGGCUAAUAUUAAUAUAAUUAUAACAUAUAGCAAGCUAACAGUAUACUGGGAGUAUUUCAUAGGUUAUUGGAUUUAGGCACCAAUUAUUCCUGCACUGAAAUGGAAUUUUACAACAGAUCUACUGGAUAGAUAUUGAGAGAGAAGAAUGCUAGUUUAUCCGUCCUAUUCACUCUGCUGCUCCGGGGUGAAGAAAUUCUGAAACAUUAAAAAUGCAUUUGAAGGACAUUCAAAGCCAUAUAUUAGCCCUUAAUUCAAAUUGCUAGAAGGACUGGCUGGGAAAAUACAGUGAUGGGAACUGUUAAUUGCAAUUAUGAAAGUUCAUUUUUGAGGAACAGAUGAAGCAGAAGAAUUGCAUGUAUUUCUACACAAUCAAUGGAUGUCCUUUUUGAAUUAGUUGGGUGCAUGUUAAGAAGACUGCGGAAGAACAUUCACCCAGUGUUUGCUAAUCAGAAAGAGGGAAAAGACAUUCAUUGCUGAUAGUUGAGAAUCUUUCAAAGGACACUUUCAUAAAAAUGGAUUUUUCUUUAAAAGUCUUUUAUUUUACAAGAACAUAGUUCUGGAGACCACAGUUAAGACUGUAGGCUGAACUGAUGAACUUUUGGGCUCAUUCAGAAAAUGUGCAAAUCCCCAAACCAGCUAUAUAAAAUUUGCAAAAUAAGUAACGGACAUUGUUUUCAGCAAGAAAGGAAGAGAUCUUUUGUCUAUAUUAUAUAUAUAUAUAUAUGAAUAUAUUACAUAAAUAAAUUAUUCUACUUAUAAAAGUAAAACACCGCUCUCCAUUAUCACAU